AUGUCAGGGACCCGCCUUGGGUUCCUGGUCUGCGUCCUGUGCUGUGCGGUCAGAGCCUAUCCCAAUGCCUCUCCGCUGCUCAGCUCCAGCUGGGGUGGCCUGAUCCACCUGUACACGGCCACAGCCAGGAACAGCUACCACCUGCAGAUCCAUAAGGACGGCCAUGUGGACGGCUCACCUCACCAGACCAUCUACAGUGCCCUGAUGAUCAGAUCAGAGGACACUGGCUUUGUGGUGAUAACAGGUGUGAUGAGUAGGAGAUACCUCUGCAUGGACUUUAGAGGCAACAUUUUUGGAUCGGUGAGUUUCUUUUUGUGCUGGUCACCAUUUGCAAAUAAUUAUCUAAUUUCUUUGACAGAGCAUAGAUGAUUAUAGCUUGAAGAUUCCAUUUGCAGAAUGCCUUGGUGAUUUGUUUUCAGAGCACUUUUUUCAGUCUAAAUAGUAAAUGCUCAGGUUUAUACACCUGGGGUUUGGACCCAGGUAGUCUGGCUCUGGAGCCCAGGCUCUUAGCCUGUAAUCCAAACUGCCUGUUAGUAUCCAUUUUUGUGUCUUAAUACAG